AACAUCGUGGGGUUCAAAGAACUGUCCUUUGUCAAUCCUCUCCAGCCAAAGAAGGACCUUUCGACGUGGGAGGUCUGGCUGGAUGAGCCUCAAUGGGUCGGACCACCAAGAGCAGAAAUCGACCAGGCCUGGAAGGACUUGUUGUCCGUUACUACGUUCAAUCGGUCUAGUGCCGCGUCCAAGUAUGCAGAUGGAAAUGCAUACCAAUACUCGGAUGGCAAGUACAUCAUGGGCUUUGAGGUAUACCAUGGUCUCCAUUGCGUAGACACUCUACGAAAAUUCCUCUGGCCCGACCACUACAAACAGACGGAUCCUGAGGAUCAACUAGAGUUGCACAAGCAGCAUUGCGUCGACUACCUGCGACAAUAUGUGCAAUGCAACGCAGACUUGUCCCCCAUGUGGGCACAUUGGAACGAUGUGUAUGGGCUUGUCGUUACGCCUUACACGCCACAUACGUGCCGCGAUUUCGAUGCAUUGCAUCGUUGGAUUGUGGACGGAGAUGAAUGA